AUCACUACGCCAUGUACUUAUCAGGAGUAUGUGUGUGGCGCGACACUGAUAGCCAAUGGCAAAUUAAGAUACACUGCUCUUACUGAGUUGAGACCAGCAUAUGCUGCCAACCCCAAUGCUCCGACAAUUACAGAUGCCCAGCUGGCCCAGGUCCUCUUCCGCUGCACCGAUCAAGCCGGUGGCAUUGUCGGCAACUCUUACUGUAUUGUCAACUGUGCUGCGAUCGGUGACGAUACCAUCAACGAUAUGUGCACUAUGUAA